AUGAGCGCUCAAUUUUUGCAGGCAGGAUUUGGGCUCGCGAACUACUUACAGUCCGCGCUUUCGCCCGGACCUGUGCGUGGCGGCGAUGUGCUAGGCGAGUUCGAACAACCAUUGGAUCGCCAAGCACAGCCGCCCGCAAUGAUUAGAUCGCUAAUCGAUUCUGCCCGUGUAUACUUUCGGUUGUCUCACCAAAAUGCUAUUAACAACCUUAUAUGUGUGCUUAUGCCAGUAGGCAAGGUACGACAUUUAGUGCCAGACUUAUACAUCCCUGCGGUCUCACUCUACACUUUCCUACUAUUGAGGUCGUUAUAUGUCAUACCUUUGAGGGAAAUACGCCCGCACUUGAAUGAUGUGCUCGCAAGGACACUAACACGAAUCAGUCUGGUAUUCACAGCGGAGUUCAUACUGCUUACGGCAUUGGUAUAUCUGACUUCACCGUCUUCACCAUCACUAGAUGGAGCUUCAACAGGGAGUCCAAGACCUUCGAGCUAUUUACAGGGUAGUUCGUCAAUGACUGCUGGGACCAAGCAGUUUGGCAAUGGCUUGGGUGAGCAGACCAACGAUGCCAUGAACCCGUUCUCCAAGAGCCUAACUGGAUCUACAACAGCACCAACUGGACAGAUGUCUGCUACGUACCUUGGUGGUUCAAGUUCUUUCGUAAAACUUGAUACUACACAAUCGCAAUAUGGUGUUAUGUCUCAACCUGCGACAAACCCAUUUGGAACACCAAGUCCGGUUAUAGACAGCGUCGCAAACUCAGAUGCUGCUAUAUUCAAAGGUGCAACGAAAUACUUCGGAGAACAUAUGACCAUGCCUCUUACUGGAAGGUCACCACUAAGGUUGGCACAGAAGAUUUUUAUCAUAGGUUACAAAUAUGUGCUAUUGAACUGCUACAUUCUGACAGUUAUGAUCGCUCCCAUACGCAGCGUAACACUGUUUAUGGCGUUUUAUGUGAGCGUGUGUUCUCUACUCUUCUCCCUGCGGAUGAUAGUAUCUCUGAAUUCGGGAGAAGAUGGCAAGCCUAACCCUCUUAUGUUCGUCUUCCCUGUGCUUCAACCUGUUUUUUGCUACAUUCUACUGCCUCAUGCAUGA